AUUCGUCCUGUCGUGUCCUCUCGUCUCCCCGCUACAGUAGUAACAGUCCUCCGGACGUAUAGCCCCUUGCUUUCCUCCUUCCUAUGCUCUUCUUCGUUAAAGGUAAGUAGUCAAUAAUCUCUUUCUGCAAAUUUCCACAAGAACAUCUCAAGGCAAAGUAAACAAAGAAUGGGAAGGAAACGCAGUGCUUCUUCUACUCCUGAGCCGGCACAAGUAGCCACCUCGCCACUCCCUUCGUCGGGAUCACCCAACCCGCAAUCUGCAAUCCCUAAUCCAGGGGAUAGUGUGGCGUCUCCAAAGGCGGUGAACAAGUCAGCUUCUUCCUCAAAAAAGAAGGUAAAGAUGACCCCUGGCGGAGUUAGGCGCUCUAACCGCCUCAAGAGCGGUGUUAGGACUACUACUGAAACUGAAGCUCAGGAAAUUGAGCGAAUUAUUGAGGAGAUAACUUCAACUGAUAGCGAGGAGGAUGAGGAAGAAGAUCAGCAACCCAACACGGUGGAAGAAGCCAAAGAGGUGGAGGAGGAGGAGCAGGAAGAAGAAGAAGCUGGGGAAGUGCCGGAAGAAGAUCAACACCCCGUGGUGGGGAAAGAAGGAGCCAAGGAGGUGGAGGAAGAUCUUGUGCUCGAGACUAAUGAAAUUGGGGAUUGUUGGGAAGGACUUGUGGAGAUUUGCAAGAGACAAAAGAAGACCAUGGCUGAACUGCAGGCUCAAGAUGCUGCGAGAGCCUCGCGGGCGAAGAAGAGAAGUUCUGCUGCGCACUUGACGUACAAAGGCUUGUACUUUGAUACCAUUAAGGAGGUUUAUGUUACCCUCAACUGUCACAAGUGCUUGCAUAUAAAAAAUUGUUUUAGAUGUAUUAAUGUUCUUGGUUUGAAUGUUCAGGUGGUUGUUUUACAAGAGGAGAACCGUCGGUUGAUCAAGGAGUUGGAAUAUGCUCGUGGCAGAGACGCGGGGUUAACAGAUGCACUGAAGUUAACUAGCAAGAGCUGCUGCUGCUCGAGAGCACAGUGAAAGGACUGCCUUUUGAAGUUAACAGGGGGCUUGGGGGGAUUCUUUUGCUAUGUUAUUGCCCUAUGUUACAAUCAAUCCCAGAGCCAAUCAGUAGUUUAGUAGUAGUGGCUGUUUAUAUUAGUAGGUAAUGGCUGUUUACAGAUAUGCACUGAAGAUGCUGCUGCUACUAGAGAGCAUAGUGAAAGGACUGCCUUUGGAAAUUAACAAGGGCUUGGAGGAUCUUUUGUUAUGCCAGAGCCUAUAUUAGUAGGUUAUGCUGUGUACCACUUAAAAAAACUGUUUUUGUUGAAGAUUAACCAUUCACUUGCCCUUUUGUAAUGAAGAAGAAUUACAAACAAGACAAUUCCGCACUGUUAUUCCCUUCAUUUCCUUUUGAGCUCAUAAAUAGC